CUUGGUAUUUGCGUGCGACGGCAGCGGUGCAUCCGGCGCGGCGGGUCGUUCACCAAUCAGGCCGGAGCCGCAAAGUUCGGCGGCCUUGUGAGGCCUCGAGCUGGGAGUCUACGCAGACGAUGGAGUGUCCAUGUCGCAAAUGGGCUCAAAGUCUGAUCCAGCCCGAAAUGGUGCUGACUGCCAGUGUCGCCCGCAGUACGACCUGCUUGUCUGAGGGUCGACGUCGCCCUGGGCCCUCGCUACGAAACCCGCCAACGCAUGCGAUGGUUCGUGCCGGCAUCUCAGCAUUGCACGCUUGGAUCGCUCGGCGGUCCCAUGGCAAUGCACGGACUCAUCGUUACCGGUGCAGUUGCCACGGCACCAUCCCAGCUCUGCCGAGAUUGCGAUUCAGUACGGCGGUGCCGGCGGGAAGUGUCGUACGCGAUGUUUGGGGACAGUUCCACUCAUUGCGAGAGAUGCGGCCGGAUUCGCUCAGGUCGAUUUGCGUGCAUGCCGAUUCGGAAAGCAGGAUCUCGGAGACUGCAGAUCGAAUGGGCAGUACGCCGCAGAAUGCGGGUCUGCACGUCGCGCGUGAUGAUGACGAGAGUUCAUCUGCAUUGCCGUGCGGGCAUUUGCAGACCCUGCGCAGAGGCAGCAGGAUCUGCGUCUCCCUCGGUCUCACAGGUGGCAGCCAAGGAGUAGCACGACGCUGUGCGUUUGCGUCCGUACGGUUCGGCCCCGAGCUAGGUGUCCACGUUGCUGUGCUUCUGCUCGUGCACCUUGCCUCAGGCUUCGAGCAGGAUCUGGCCAUCCAAUACAACCCUGGGGCCUGUCAGUGCCCUGAUAGACCCACUCGGGCCCAUCACGAAGGUCGUGCGCGCGGAUACUAUGAAGCGACCUGCAAACGGUCGCGAUGGAUGCUGGCAGCUCGCCGUCGGGACGGGGAGAAACUCACAUGAAUUACAUCGACCUGGGCGCAGACGGCCUCGACUGAAACGGAAACCCUCCUGACGGAGCAAGAUCUGAGCAGCCUCAUGACAGAUUCGACCCUUGUCAUGACCUUGAGCGAUGGCCGUCAGCGAACGAUCACGCCGUUCAGGCCAGGCUCGCAAGGGCUGUAUGGUCGAUCUAUGCCACCCGCCCUGCGACAGCUUCCGGCGCCCAUGACACCUA